AUGAGUGAGGCGUGUAUAGUGGUCGGAAGCUUCAGGAGUGGCCACGAGGACGCCUUCUUCAACAAUACGUGCGUCACGCGUACAGACGGCGAUUACGCGUUUUUCUCCUGCGACGGCCCGUCCUUGCCCAUCAUGCACGACAACCGCGUCUGCACCCCAUCGGGCGCCUCGUUCAGGGUCUGCGGCAAAGACUUCAAGGAGUGGCAGGCAGCGGGGCACGACGCGGGGAGCGUGCUGUCCGGGCUGCCGGCUGACGACGAGCUCAUUGGUUGGGGUGCUGUGGCGCUGGGCCUGCCCUCACAGCAGGAUCGAUAUGGCGAGCUUGUCGUGUGA